GUGCUGCUAUGUGCAAUCCAUCAUUCCAUCCUCUGCUGCCCCUUUACACCCUCCUGUUCCCCUCUCUUUCUACCAUUCACCUCUCUCUCUCUCUCUCUCUCUCUCUCUCUCUCUCCUUUCUUCCUUGCGGCGACGACUGGGCGAGCGCCGCCGCCCGCCACCAGGUCUUCACCGGCGAUGAGCAGCCAUCAGGCUUGUCAAACAUAAAGAAGCAAGUAGCUGCACGUGAUUGGCAAAAUUAGUCAAGACGGGUGCUCUUUGCUGCGUGGCCGCUAGGCCACAUGGGACAAAGUCUAUUCCAGCUAGCAGAGAUUGUUCCAUGGAUCCUACUGAGCCUCGUUGGCGGAUAAACUCAAGCUUCUCUCCUCCAACAUCAAGGAGGUGGGACUGCCGUUAUUCAUCAGAUGGAUUGCCUCACAGAGUUCAUGAUGCUUCUCAUGAUCACCCACCUUAUGUGUCAUCAUUAUCAUCCCAUAGUAAAGGAAGUAGAAGUGCAUUUGGCAGUGAUCAGUACCUCAAUCACCAUCAUUCUAUAUCUGAUGGGGCACCUUCUUAUUUUGGGAGUCCAUCUGACAGCCUUCAGGCUCCACGCUGGACACCGUCUCUUCAAAGAUUUGAUCUCGGUGAAUUCUCUACCCCUGCAGGAGGAUCAAGACCAGAAACUUCUGACUAUCCUCAGUCAAGUGAGAGGCAACUGACUGCCACGAGCAGUUUCAGUUCUGCAUCCCCAUUCUCAGAAUCAAGUCAGCUAGCAUCGUCUAGUAAACAACCAGCCCCAUAUCUGCCCCGCAAUCAAAUGGGUAGGCGAUCUUUCAUGUCAAAACCAGUCUACCCACUUGUCUACCGGAAUCCAGUGUCAGAAACAGAAGCGUCCAGGAUGGCUGAGGUUACUAAUGCUGGGCGAACAACACCAAGUGAUGAUAGCCAGGCUUCUCCUCUGUGGCGUCGCAGCUUGGCAAGUCCAGAGCUCAAGUUCCAUAGUGCACUGAGUGAGCUUGGGAAGAUGGAGGCUUCACCUGAACCGAACACAAGCUCACGAAGGGAAGGAUUCAGAUGGAGCAAUGCCAGUAGUUAUGAUUUUGGAUACGAUGGAGAUGCCAUUGACAUUUCAGAUCAUAUCAGUAUCGAGUCCCAGAGAUCACCCACAAAUUCAGUGAGAUUCCUUAAGUGUGGGCUGUGCGAGAGAUUCCUGCGCCAGAAAUCACCCUGGACCUCGAACCGGAUUGUUCAAAACACCGACAUGCCAGUAGCAGCGGUCCUUCCAUGCCGACAUGUCUUCCAUGCAGAUUGCUUGGAGGAAAGCACUCCCAAGACAGAAGUCCAUGAACCACCCUGCCCCCUGUGCACACGAGCCGCUGAUGAUGAAGGGCAUGUGUCAUUCUCAGAACCUCUACAUGUUGCACUCCGAUCUGCUCGCAGGAACCUUUCAUUGGGUGGUGGUGCUGGUGGGAGUAGCAGCAGCGCAAACCCUCCUUCCAGUGAUCACGGCUUGAAGAGGAACCAUUCUGCUAUCGCGCCGAGACACAGUGGCAGCUCACUGUUCUGCAACCGCUUCAAAAGGCAGUUCCCCUUCAAAGCGAGGAUUGGAAAGGACCUCUUUGGCGGUAGGGUUUUCAAUAAGGUUGGAUCAUCUUCAUCGUCAGGUCAACAGGGUGAUCAACAACCAUCAGCAGCGAAGCAUGACCAAUCAAUGAAGUAGCUUGAACUUAGUGGCACAGAGUAUAUGUUGUGCGCCCUGCUGAUAUUUCAAUCCAUGUUAUCGUAUUCGGUAUAACCUAUCAUAGCAGAAGCUCGGCAUCCAUGUGCAGUAGUCGUCCAGGAUAGGGCUUCCUUUGGAGGCUGCUUGUGUUGCAUUGCAUGUGGCACCCACCAUUGGCUAACUAUGAGGUGUAUUAUGAAUCCUUGCAGUAAGAAUCGAUGCCUAUGUUUAAUAUGUUCUGCUU